AUGUGCUUGUGCGAGCUUGCUCUUUUGGUGGAGAAAUUUAGUUGUAAGAUUUACGCCCUGAUUCCUCUGCAGUGUUGUAGUCGGUUGUUGCGUGUGAAGUAUCAGUCGUUCCUUGUUGUGAGAACAAAGAUCAUUGCUAUCACGCGUUGUUCAGCUACGAUCUUUUGCGAUUCGUUUUGUGGGAGCAAUAAUCAGCGGUUCACAUUACGCAGAAGAACAUUUGACACCAAGGCCCACAAGUACCCGUUUGCUGCAAGAUGUUACUGCCAAGAUAGUGGUCCUGUCCACCUCCAGUCAAUAGCCAAGUGUUUAUCUAUACUCAUGAGUCAAGAGAGGCAAUUGAAUGUGAGCACCUUGUCUAACGGAAUUACACUUGUGGUCAUCCGCGUAUUUGAACCUGCGACCCAAUGGUUCCGGAAGUUUCGAUUCUCCAAAUGCAGUCUUUAAC